GAGGUUAUAACGUGAGUCUAACACAGUGAAGGUCUCCAGUUCAAGUCCGGGCGACGCUAUAUGUCGGGUCGGGACCACCUGUUGCUCUGUAUUUUUUGGAUUAUCCAUUCGUGUGUCGGGAUUGGGAUUAUCCAUUCACAAGUGAAGAUGGUUCUGACUUCUGAGUUCUGACUUCUGAUGUUGUAAUAAUUUAUGAGAGUUUGUUUGUACUUGUGAUAUGGGCGGCGGCCAGAGAGAGCGCGGACGCCUGGGGAAUCGCAGGUGGUUUCGAGUUCCACUCUCACCAACCGGCUAACUUUGGAUCCGCUGUAGAAAUCACAGGCAAUAGUAGUUCCCUCCGCCUGGGAUUAAAUGAUGGAAAGCAGGAGGGAUGGGACUCAGACUAAGCGGAGGAGUAGAGGCAAAGCCAAUCUGGAGACAACCUUGAGGAAGGCAUGGUACCAUCUCCGCCUCUCCGUCCGCCAUCCCACCAGGGUUCCCACCUGGGACGCCAUCGUCCUCACCGCCGCUAGCCCCCACCAGGCCCACCUCUACCAUUGGCAUCUCAAUCGUGGCAAGCGCAUUGGCCGCAUUGCUCCCUCUACUCUCACCCUCGCCGUCCCCGACCCCCAUGGCCACCGCAUUGGCUCCGGCGCCGCCACCCUUCAUGCCCUUCUCGCCCUCGCUCAACACUAUUACACCCUCAAUUCUCCGGUAGAAAUUACAACGAGCUCCAAUUCUAUAUCCACUGAAACCAAUGUAGGCUUAAAAGACGGAGUUCCUUCCUUGGCAUUUGUUGAGUUGCUUGCCAAGAAGCAUAUCUUGUUGCUUCAUGCUGGAGGUGACUCUAAAAGAGUCCCAUGGGCGAAUCCCAUGGGAAAAAUUUUCCUGCCACUUCCUUACCUGGCAUCAGAUGACCAGGACGGGCCAGUACCUCUGCUUUUUGAUCAUAUACUUGCAAUUGCUUCUUGUGCCAGACAAGCUUUCAAGAAUGAAGGUGGAUUACUCACCAUGACAGGAGAUGUUCUUCCUUGUUUUGAUGCCAGCUCAUUGGUUCUUCCUGAUGAUGCCUCCUGCAUAGUCACUGUCCCCAAUACUCUUGACAUAGCAUCCAACCAUGGUGUUGUUGUAGCAUCAAAAUCUGUGCUAUCAGAUGAAAACUUUGCCAUCAGUUUAGUGGAGAAUCUGCUUCAGAAACCUAGCUUAAAGGAGCUUGUUGACCAUCAGGCAAUUCUAGAUGAUGGCAGAACAUUGCUGGAUACAGGAAUAAUUGCAGUUCGUGGUAAAGCAUGGAUGGAUCUUGUAAGACUUGCCUAUUCCUCCCAACCAAUGAUCUCGGAGCUUUUGGAAAGCAAGAAAGAGAUGAGCUUAUAUGAAGAUCUUGUGGCAGCUUGGGUACCGGGAAAGCAUAAAUGGUUGCAGAUGCGCCCUCUUGGCGAAGAGCUUGUCAGCAAAUUGGGAAAACAAAGCAUGUUCAGCUACUGUGCUUAUGACCUCUUAUUCCUGCAUUUUGGAACUUCCAAUGAAGUUUUGGAUCACCUUAGUGAAACUGGUUCAAGGCUUGUUGGUCGAAGGCAUUUAAGUUCCAUCCCAGCAACCACAGUAUCUGAUAUUGCUGCCUCGGCAAUAAUCCUUUCUACCCAAAUAGCAUCUGGUGUCUCUAUAGGGGAAGAUUCUAUGGUAUAUGAUUCCUGCAUUUCACGUGGGGUGCAGAUUGGUUCACAAUGUAUAGUUGUUGGUGUGCAUUUGCCAGCAGCUGACAGUCCGGUGGCAGAAGAUUCAUCCAAAUUCUGUCUUCCAGAUCGUCAUUGCCUCUGGGAGGUUCCCUUGAUAGGGUACACUGAAAAGGUUAUUGUUUACUGUGGUCUCCAUGAUAACCCUAAAAAUUCAUUUCAAAAGGAUGGGACUUUUUCAUUUCAAAAGGAUGGGACUUUUUGUGGGAAACCCUGGAACAAGGUCUUAGGUGAUUUAGGCCUUCAAGAUACUGAUCUCUGGAGCUCAGAAGGAACCCAGGAAAAAUGUUUGUGGAAUGCUAAAAUAUUCCCUAUUCGCUUGCCUCUAGUUAAAGAACUAACCGAAUUGUGGGAUUUUGGCAUUCAAACUUAUGAUGCAUCCCAAAAAGAAAAUUUUCAAUUGCAUGCAGCUCUGUUGUGGACCAUUACUGAUUUCUCGGAAUAUGCAAUGUUAUCUGGUGGAGCACUAAAGGUGAAUAUGCUUGUCCUGUUUGUCACAAGUUCACUCAUGCACGACGGUUGA